AUGGUCGACCUUCUCAUUCCACCUCAACACCAACCCUCUCAACCUGCCGAGCACAUCGAAAUGGACGCCAGCAUCUCGAGAUCUUCUUCAAGACAGAGGCUACUCGAGUCUCAGCCUCGGCCUCGGCCUGCCAUUCAGCGAGGCGCCCUCGCCGGUGUAGCGAGGCAUACUCUGGGAUUGAUCCUCCUUCUUUGUGUUGUCUUUCUCUGGACCUUGUCCAACUUCCUAGGAAGCAGCAUAUUUGCCGAUAACACCUACGCGAAACCGUUUUUCCUGACCUACCUCAAUACCUCCAUGUUCAUGCUGGCCAUGAUCCCGACCCUUCUACGAUCCGCAUACAAGAGACAUCGAGAUUAUGGAAACCUGCACGGCACAAUUCGCUCGGCCAUUUCAGGAAGAUGGAGCUAUAGACCUCUCAACAAUGACCCAAUAGAUUCGGAAGAUUCUGAAUCAGAGACUUUCAUUAAACCCAACAGGACAACUCCAUUAAAUGAAGAAAGUCAAAACGUGGACGAAAGAGAUAAGCACCUGGGGCUCAUCCCCACCGCCCGUUUGUCACUGGCUUUUUGUUUCCUCUGGUUUGGUGCGAACUACUUCGCCAUGGCAUGUUUGCAAUACACGACGGUUGCUUCAACAACAAUCUUAACUUCGACAUCAAGUUUUUGGACUCUCCUCAUCGGUGCGUUCACCCGAACCGAAAAGUUUACCUGGAGGAAAUUCUGCGGUGUACUGGCCUCCUUCGUGGGCAUCAUUCUCAUAUCACGAGUCGACCUCACCGCCAGCGCCAACAAUGAACCCACUGAUCCUCCCACAGGUAGGCGGUGGAGGUCAUUCUCCGUGCGGUCCCUAGACACCUUUCCUGAGAAACCUCCAUCGGAACUCGCGUUAGGCGACGCCUUAGCUCUCCUGUCCGCCAUCAUUUACGGCGUGUACACUAUCACACUGAAGAAGUCAACCAUCAAGGCUCUUCCUCGAUCGCUAAACAUGCCCCUCUUUUUCGGACUAGUAGGGAUGUUCAACUUACUCCUCCUGUUCCCGCUCUUUCCAAUUUUGCAUUUCACUGGGUUAGAAAAAUUUUCUCUUCCACCCACACGACGGAUAUGGACGAUCCUGUUGGUGAACAGCGUCAGCAGCUUUUUCAGCGACAUUUGCUGGGCAUAUGCGAUGGUCUUGACCAGUCCACUGCUGGUCACGGUUGGAUUAAGUCUGACUAUUCCUCUCAGUCUAGUUGGGGAAAUGGUUCUUCAAGGUCAUUAUGAGGGCUGGAUGUAUUGGCUUGGGGCGGGCAUUGUGGUGGGUAGUUUUCUAUUUGUUGACCAUGAGGAAAGAGAAGAAGAGACAGAUUCUGAUCCGCAAGGUCGAGACGGGCAUGGAGACGGACCAUUCCAGGUCGACAGGGCUGAGGGAGAUGGUCUUAUCAUCGCCGUUUCGAAUGAGGACCGAAGAGCAAGAGUUCCCCUUGCUCAGAAUAAAGCUCCUAAACAGAGCUCCGGCGGACAAGGACAACAAGGCAGGAGCUGGUGGGACCGAUUUCGUUCAACAGGUAGUGGAUCGGGUUCAAGCGGUGACGACGAUUUCUUGCUAGAUGAUGGUGAUUCGUCUUAG